UGAACAAUUGAUGCUUCAUUUAGAAAUUAACUAGUGUUAUCAUCAAACUUGUGAUUUAGGGAAUGGGAGAAACAGUUCAUUGUGGAAGCUUCUUACCCUCAAUGAGGGAUUUAAGUGAAGAUUCUAAUACUUGUAGCUUUUCAAUGUUACAUUGUAAUGCUGAUCAAAAUUUGCCUUAUGGGCACUAUCACAAUGGUUUCUCGGCGAGACCUCCUGCAACGGAUUCUUUCGAGAGAGAUUUUUUGAAACAAACAAUGCUUCAACACGAAGCUGUUUUUAAGAAUCAGGUUUAUGAACUUCACCGUUUGUAUAGGACACAAAAGAGUUUGAUGGAUGAAGUUAGGGGAAAGAGCAAUGAGCCUACACCGGAAAGUGCGAUUAAACGAGACUUUCUUUUGGGAAACUCGAUAUGUGGUGAAGGAAGCACCUCUAUGUUAAAUGGGAAGGAGGUGUUAGAGGUUAGACCUGUGAAGCUCAGGAGAACAAUGAUUGAUCUUCAACUUCCCGCAGAUGAGUAUCUCGAUACAGAGAGUGAAAAUAUGACUUGUCCUCCUUAUGAGCAGUCAAAACAAGUUGGUGAUGAAAAGUUGUUCUUUGAAAGAGGCAGUGCUUCUUCUCAUCGGAACGAUUCUUCUUUGGUUAGGAAGAAACCAAAUGGAUUUACUGACUUGAACGAGCCUGUCCAUUGCCAAGAAUCAGUACCUCUUUCUUCUUCCAGGGACUUAUAUUCUCUUUAUGGAAGAAACAUUUCACAUGUGCAUGGCCAGUGGUUGGAAAAUAAUACAAGUCAAAAUGGAUGGAUGGUUCUACAAGCAGGGAACGGAAAAAGCACUCCAAGAGACAAGUUAUGCCUGCCUUCCCAUUCGGUACAAGUUCUUUCUAACGGUGCAUUUCAACCUCUGGGCUACCCUUCAACUGAUCAUAGGAAGUUAUCGGGCGAAAGAGCAUCUUUCGAAUGGGAAGCUCGUCAAAAGAAUCCUGAAGUUUCGUGUGAUAGCUAUGUGGAAUCAAGUGUGGCAUCAAAUGCUCCAAGCUUGAAUCAUGGCUACCGCCCUGAAUCUGUCAGACCUUGGAGCCAUUGGAUUUCAUCAUGGGAGAACCGAAGUAGCAGCUCAGAUCAGAAACCCCUGCCACUGCAAGCGAAUCCAUUCUUGAAUUUUAAUACACAAGCAAGAGCAGACUCAAGUGCGGAGAUGAGAAGCCGUGAUUCUAACGGGCUUAACCAAGGAUUCUCUUCAGUGUCGAAGGAAUCUGCCUUUAGUUUACCAUCAGGAAACUUUAAUCAUCUUAACAAUGGCCCAAAAGGGACUGUUACUAAUGGUUCUUUGAGUGAGAGUGUGAAGCAUCGGAGUCUUGAAAACCUUCAAGGACCAAAAAAGCAGGAGUGCUCUGCUGGGUUGCCCUGGAUAAAACCUAUGCCCCUUAACAAAAAUGGAAUAACCAAUGGUGGUUUGGAUUUGAAUGCUUCUGCAAAUCAUCAAUUCAUGGAUGGAAGUGAUAUGGGUGACAGCUCAAAUAAUGUAUCUCCCCAGAAUGGUUUGAGGUCUGUUUCAUGUUCUAAUGACGCCAACUUGAGACAUGUUGAAAUGGCCAAAUCACAGAGUAGUAGAAAGAUUCUUGGUUUCCCUAUCUCGGUUUCUGAAGCAGUUGUUCUGGACAAGGAAGAAGGUAAAAAAGCUGUCACUCGCAGGCAGCACAUUGACUUGAAUUUCUGUGCUAGCGAGGAUGAAGAUUCUGGCUUGUGUUCUAAUCCAAGAGUGGAAACAAAAGCAACUACUUUGAUAGAUUUGGAAGCUCUCCCGACUCAUGAGAGUGAAGAAGAAGGAGAGAAAUGUCCAGAGAACAGAGAUGCAGACAUUUCAGGGUUAGAGAAAGGUGAAGCUGGAGACUCUGUGGAUGAACUCAUUAAGGCAGCAGCAGAAGCUAUCAUCACUAUCUCACUGUCUUACCAUUGCCGGAAUACUGAUGAAGCUGCUUCCUCUUCGACUGAUGCAGUUGCAAAGGACCCGCUCUCUUGGUUUGUGAACACAAUAGCUUCUUGUGGCAAUGAUUUAGAGAAAAAAAUUGAUGCUUGUUUGGAAGCCAAAGAUUCUGAAGGCUGUCGUGAAGAAUGUUCUUCAGAUGAGUUUGAUUAUUUCGAGACAAUGACUCUGAACUUACUCCAGACCAAAGAAGAAGACUACAUGCCAAAGCCUUUAAUCCCAGAAUAUCUGAAAUUUGAUGGGACAGGUUCCAUGGGUAUCACAAAUAAUAGGCCAAGAAGAGGACAAGCACGAAGAGGAAGACCAAAGCGGGAUUUCCAAAGGGAUAUUCUCCCUGGGCUUGCUUCUCUGUCUAGGCUCGAAGUAACCGAAGAUCUUCAUAUGUUUGAGGGACUUAUGAAAGCUACAGGCUACAAUUGGAACUCAGGAGUGGCCCGAAGGAGCUCAAACCGAGGAAGAAAACGAGUGGUCAGCAACAUUGACAGAGCUCCGGUUUGCUUGUCUUUGCCGCAGCCAAUGAAUAACAAUAGUGUACAAAUGGUGGGACUGGAAGAUAGGAGCCUUACAGGAUGGGGAAAUGCAACCAGAAGGCCAAGGCGACAAAGGUGCCCUGCAGGUACUCCCCCAACAGUGAUAUUAACAUAAACGUUUUUCUUGAAACAAAACCGAUUUUCACGA